AGGCCCCGCCGGCCCCAUUGUGCGGGGCACUCUGGGAGUGACGUCACGCGCCCGCUUCCGGCCCGGCGCCGCCGCUUCCGUGCCGCGGGGCAUGCCGGGAGCGGCUGCGGCGGCCUGCGGAGCGGCCAUGGCGGCGCCCGGGGCCUUCGCCGCUGUGCUCUGCUUGGUGUCCGCCGCGGGGGUGGUGGGCGGCGACGCUGCGCCGGCCUGGGACGAGGCGGGGUACCUGCUCUACUGCCCCUGCAUGGGCCGCUUCGGGAACCAGGCGGAGCACUUCCUGGGCGCUCUCGCUUUCGCUCGGGCUCUCAACCGGACCUUGGCCGUGCCGCCGUGGAUCGAGUACCGCCACCACCGCCCGCCCUACACCAACCUGCACGUUCCCUACACGGAGCACUUCAGGCUGGAGCCGCUGCUGCGGUACCACCGCGUGAUCCCCCUGGAGCAGUUCAUGGAGCAGCUGGCGCCCCUGCACUGGCCUCCCGGCAAGAGGGUGGCCUACUGCUUCGAGGCAGCAGCCCAGAGGAGUGCGGACAAGAGCACCUGCCCCAUGAAGGAUGGGAAUCCCUUUGGUCCCUUCUGGGAUCAGUUCCAGGUGGAUUUUGAUAAGUCUGAGCUCUUCAAGGGAAUCUCCUUCAAUUCUGCAUACACAGACCACUGGAUCCAGAGAUUCCCUCCCUCUGAGCACCCUGUGCUUGCCCUGCCUGGAGCCCCAGCCCAGUUUCCAGUCCUGGAGGAGCACAGACCCCUCCACAAGUACAUUGUGUGGUCUGAGGCCAUGGUGAGGAAAGGAGAAGCCUACAUUGACUCUCUGCUGCUCAGGCCCUACGUGGGCAUUCACCUGAGGAUCGGCUCGGACUGGAAAAAUGCCUGCAACAUGCUGAAGGAUGGGACAGCAGGGCCCCACUUCAUGGCCUCACCACAGUGCGUGGGCUACGACCGCAGCACCGCAGCCCCGCUCACCAUGGACAUGUGCCUGCCAGACCUGAGGGAGAUCCAGCGUGCCCUGCAGCUCUGGGUGAAGAAGAUAGAGGCUAAAUCUGUUUACAUAGCUACUGACUCUGAGCCCUACACGAGAGAAAUCCAGCAGCUCUUCCAAGGAAAGGUGAAGGUUGUGAGCUUACAGCCAGAAGUGCCUCAGGUUGACCUCUACAUCCUGGGCCAGUCUGACCACUUCGUGGGGAACUGCGUCUCCUCCUUCAGCGCCUUCGUGAAGCGGGAGCGCGACGUGCGCGGGAAGGCCUCCUCCUUCUUCGGCAUGGACCAGCCCCCGCGCCCGCGGGACGAGUUCUGAGCAGCCCCGCAGCAGGCUCUCAGGGUGCUGAGCUCAGCCCCCUGCCCGGGCAGUGCUCAGGGGGUUCUGCAGGCAGAGCUCCUGCCAGGCUGCCCUGUGGUCCCUCCUCUGCAGUCACUUCCAGGCUGUUCUCUCUGGCUUCUCCUGGAUUUCCAGCCUGAGGUCAGGCAGAAGAGACGUUUGGUAAUCAUGGUUACAGGAAACUACACAGCGUGGUUCCUGAGCUCCAGUUUACACAGCUCUGCAUCCCACUGGCUGGGCUCCACCGGCGUGGGGAUGAGCAGCUGCUCUCCUUUCCACUGCUCCGUUAUUCCUGCUUUUCUUCUGUUACAUUUCACAGGCAGAUGUUGUGGAGCUGCUUGUCCAAAACUGACCAGAAGUUGUUUUAAGUCCAAAAUCACCUCAGAAACAAUCACACUCCCUGCACAGGGAGCAGAAGGGUGAAGCUCAGGACUGGAAGGAGCUCUGGGUUCUCUCAAUUGCUGCCGUUGCCUUACCAGAGCCACCUCAGUGCCUCUGCUUCCAUUCCCCUCUCAGAAGGGGGUUUCACUGCCCUGGAGCUGAGAGGCUCCUGGAUCUCUUCAGCAGUGGUGGAGAUUCACAGCAGGGUCAUGUUUUAAGGUGGCAGUUUCUUCUUCAGCCCAUCCUGCUGUGGAACUGAGGGGGAGGUGUUAGCAGGGCCACAGGGCAGAAUUUGUGUGGCCAGCUUUAGGGCUUGUAGCUGUUGGUGUUAGGUUGGGGUCUGUGGUAGAAAUGGAGCUGGUUUUGAGCUAAGAGCUGGGAAGUAGCUGUAGUGGGGUUGGUGUCAUGCCUAGGUCUGUCUGAAUGCUUUCAGGUUUUGGUCUCCCUUUGUACUUUGUAAACCUUUCUAAGCACAGAACCUUUGUCUGUGGGGUGGUUCCUGCCAGAGGUAACUGGGAAGAGUUUGCUGCUGGUGAAAGAGCAGUCCCAGAAGCCUUUGUUUGGCCUGGUCCAGUUUAGAGCUGGGAGCACCAAUAAUGCUGAUGUGUUGAGUCUCAACUUGACCAAUGCCUUUGGUCCUGCUGUGACUUACACUUUUUGUCCAAAGACUGCACAGAUUUUAACUGCUCUUCUUUUGAAAUGCCCCUUGGGCAAAUCUGUGGUACCAGGGCUGGGUGCCUCGAGUGCUCCUGUGGUCUGAGCAAGACUGGGUCUAAACGAUGCUGGUGUAGGGUUUUAACUCCAGAGCUCUUUUUGGUGCUGGCUUUUUUUGCUCCUUCAGAAAUAUUCUUCACCGUUGAAGGAGUUUGGAGGCUCAAGGGAGUGCCCCAAGGAUCAAGGUGGCAAAAAAAAUUGUCUUUGAUUCCUUUUGUGAUGGCUUCUAGAAAUCAUGAGCUUUGGAGGGCUUGGGGCUUCUGGCCACCUCCCUGGGGGAGCAAGGUGUCUGGAUACCUGCUGCAGACUCUUUGGGCUUUCAUUUGGGUUGUGAUCUUCAGUGAUGCCAUCAGGGCUGCCCAUCCCAGAGCCAGGGCAGCCUUUCCCCAGGGCAUUGGGAGCAGUAUUCACAAAACCUGGGAGGGGUUGGUUAAGAAAAAUGAGGUAUUUUGUGAUAAUAAAACCCUGAUGUUUUUGUAUUAA